ACAACGCACAAUGCUACGAGCAGCCCUCCGCCGUCCUCUCCUCUCCUCCCACAUCCACGUACGCUCAGCAAACACCACCGCCUGCUCCUCCUCGUCCCCCCUCUCAUACGUCUACGGUACCCUUCUCCUCGCCGGCGCGGGUGUCUUCGCAGCGUACUAUGUCGACUCUCGCGCUGCGGUACACAAGUAUGUCGCUAUGCCGCUGGUAAGGGCAUGCGUGGACGGGGAGACGGCACACAAGUUGGCGGUUAAGAUGCUUGCUACGGGGUUGAUGCCGAGGGAUGUGAAGCAGGAUGACGAGCUGCUGGAGUGUGAGCUGUGGGACCUCCCUCUCUCCAACCCACUCGGGAUCGCAGCCGGCCUGGACAAAGAUGCCGAAGCAGUAGAUGGACUCUACGACCUCGGCUUUGGGUACGUGGAAGUGGGCUCCGUCACCCCCGAGCCUCAACCUGGCAACCCCCAACCGCGAUUCUUUCGCCUCCCCGCCGACCGAGCCAUCAUAAAUCGGUACGGGUUCAACAGCGCCGGGCACGCGCUCGUGCUGCUCCGCCUACGGACGCGUCUACGCAACUGGCCCGAGGUGGCGAACCACGCUCAGCGGCAGGGGAGAGUGCUAGCCGUGAACUUGGGGAAGAACAAGAGCUCGAGCCCGGACAGUAUCGACGAUUACCUUAUGGGUGUGAGGGCGUUUGGCUCAGUGGCGGAUGUGCUGGUCGUCAAUGUUAGCAGUCCUAAUACGCCCGGAUUGAGGAGCUUGCAAGCCCGGGGGAUGCUGGAAGAGCUCCUGUCAGAGGUGGUGAGGGAACGGGAUGCACUGCCUUUGAUGGGGGAGAAACCGAGGGUGGUGGUGAAGCUUGCGCCGGAUCUGACAAAGGCGGAGAUUGAGGAUGUCGCUGCUGCUGUGAGAGCGACCAAGGUCGAUGGGGUCAUCAUGGGGAAUACGACUGUGCAGCGACCGGAUGGUCUGAAAUCUCCACAAACUCUCGUCCAGGAGACUGGUGGUCUAUCCGGCCAACCGCUGAAGCCUAUAACGAUAGAAGCGUUCAAGACCCUCCGCUCUCUCCUUCCCGCAUCCAUCCCACUCAUCGCCUGCGGCGGCAUUUCCUCUGGCGCAGACGCACUCGAGUACGCCAAACUCGGCGCGGCCACUAUCCAACUAUACACCGCCUUUGGAUACGACGGUGUCGGCACACCAAGGGAAAUUAAGGACGAACUGACGGAGCUGUUGCGCAAGGAAGGGAAGAGCUGGAGGGAGGUGAGCCGGGAAGCCGUCGCGCAGCUGGCUUGGAAGGACGAUGCCGAGUCGGCAAUGGAGAGGCUGAAGCAGGAGGCGGAGAACGCACUGGAGAACUUGAAGGAGAUCAGCACCCAGAUCGCACUGGGCGACGACCUUGCGCCGAAUUGGAUCGAUCCCGUGCUGGAGAACGCCCCUCCACCAACCAUCCCUACCCCGGAACCGCCCACCUCGGUACCGGCGAAUGAACAGUCGCCCAACGUCGUGGACGUUUUGGUGAUCACUCCGGACUCGACAAGCAAGGAGGAGAUGGACAAUAAGAGUGUAAAAUAGACCCAGAGUAAUAUCUCCAAAAUGCAAAACCUUGCACCUCACUCGUUUUCCUCUUUCGUUCGCGGGGUGCCGUCCCAGGCGAGACUACUCGGUCACCCAUUGCCGCACUUGUGGUAAACCGCCGAGAGUGGGAUGCAGGAGAACAGCAGCGAGCCACGAUUGGAGUCGCCGUCGGCGUUUCUCUAGGAAUGCUGGGCGAUACUUGGCAAAAGUGUUCUUUGGCGGGAACGCGGGUAGGACACCUUUCAGAUCUGGGAAUGCCUUCUCCAGCUCCUGUUCUAGAUUCAGGAAGGCGCUAUAUCGCUUCAGAACAUGUAUCGUCGUUCCCUCCUUCGUCUGGAUGGCACAAUCGUACACUACGUACGCACCACCCAAUGUAUCUCCAACAAAAGACCAUCCGGGUAUGCUGACGUUACGUGUGAAACUGCCCGUGUCUUCUUGGGAGUUGUCGAGCAGGUGUAGGGAGGCGAUUGUGG